CUCCUGAUAGGUUGUGAGGUCAGUCACGUGGGAUGGGCGUGGAAUUGAUCGAUGUGAGGGGUGUGUUAGUUGUCGGGCUAGAGAGGCGCCAAGCGGCUUGUCUUUGGUUGUCUGAAGUUGACUUAUUAAUUUUAACGGUUUUAGAUAUGGUAAGUUUGGGCGUUACUUUUUUUUUCAUUAAUAGCGUUAUAACGAGUCAAGCCAUAAAAUCGUGAUAUCCAGUUGUCGCCGCUGAUGAACUCCGCAGUUUUCAUCCUCUCUCUGUGUCGCUAACGGCUAACGUCAAAUGUGCGAUAGCUAGCUAGUUAGUAAGCUAGCUGGCCUUGUGGGGAAACGAAAAAAGCGCACUUGCUUCAAGUAGCUUUGUUCUAUCAGGAAGAAUUAGUAUGAACAGGGUUUAAUUUAAGAAUAAAUAACGUUUGUCCGCCAUGUUAAUGAAUUUAUAUUGGUGCUUUAUUUCACCUUUGUUGCAACCCAUUGUGAUAACUUAAUACAUAUUGUACUUGUACCUGUGUCACUUUUGUGGGGAAGUUGCCAUUGUUGACGUUACCCAAAGAAAAAUGUAAAAAUACUUUGUCUCGAAACAUAAAUUUACUUACUAAUACAGUUUAUCAAUAUCCCACCAUAAUGGCCUAACCCUACAAAAAUGAUCACGUGGUCUAAGCACGUGCACAACACUGACUUGUACUUCAGGCUAAAUGAUGUUGAUAAUUUACAAGAUGUCUUCACAGUUGGUAUUCAGUCAAAGAAAGUGUACAACUAAUAGAUUCUGUUUUUUCUCCUAUCAUAUAACAAAUCAAACUUUUCUUUGUUGACAGGAUGUCCACAAGCCCAGAAGCAGCCACGAGACACCUGCUCAGAAGUUGUCCAAUGGUUACAUCUUACCUGAGGGCAAGCUGACCCCCAACGCCCUCUUUGUCGGUGGGAUUGACAUGAAGGUAGGACCAGGGUGUAUGUAGCUUACUUUGACAGCAAACAAUCUCUUCUACCUAAAUGGGUUCAUUGUCAUAUUCGAUGAUUAAGGACCAAUUUGUGUAUAUUUUGACCAUCCUACUGAGGUUAAGUUAAGCCUGUUUGAGCCUGCAUCUCUUAAAAUGAACACGCCAAGGCUGAGAAAUGUGUGCUCUGAAAGAGUGAGUUUAAAAUUGUGAUUCGAGGGUUAAUCUUGAGAUCAGAUUUUGUACAUAAAUCUGUUUUGAGUGCACUUCAAAGGCACAAUGAGCAUAUAGCAAUGCAUGCAUGUAUUCUGUAGUCUUAAAGUAGUCAAACAACUGGUAUCAAUUUUUUGAUUUUCAUUUUAAACCUUUAGGUGGAUGAAACUGAAAUGCAGGACUUCUUCGCCAGAUAUGGGUCUGUCAAGGAAGUUAAGAUAAUCACGUACAGAGGAGGGAUCUGCAAGGGGUGAGUUCAAACAGUUGGGAAUCCCUUGGGCGUAAGGAGGUCAUUUCAAUAAUAUUUGAUGCCCGUCUUUUAGGCUGUGAUUUUUAACAUCUUAAGAUAUUAAACAGUAUUAUGGGUUAGUGGUGCAAAAGGUGUUCAGUGUUUAAGUUAAGGUACUUAGAGGAAAGCAAAAUGUACAGUCUUUUUAUCAUUCACAAAAAGACAUUUUAAAGAAUUCACAGUACAUUUAAAGCUGUGUGUCCUCUUUUAAAAAGUUUGCUCUCUGUAUUUGUUGGAAAACUUGUGUUGAAGUGUGUGGGUGUAAACUAGGGAACUUUUAAAUUUCACAGAAACUUCAUGAAUAUUCACUCACAUAUUUCAUGAUGAGCUUUGGGGUCUAAUUUUUCUUCAACUUUGAAUUGGCUAUAAUAUUGAGUUAGUGUGACUAUUUUUUGCUGAUUUAUUCUUUAUCAUAUUUUUCUAGAUAUGGGUUUGUGUACUUCAAUGAAGAUGUCAAUAUCCAAUCACUCAUUGACGUAAGUGUGUAUAUAUUUUCAACUGCUCUUGUUAUUUUCUAUAUCCACUUGAUGGUAGUUUUGAAUUUAUGUUGUUUUUUUUCUUUUUCAAUAGCAACAGAUCAGUUUCAAGGGCCGAAAACUCAAGCUAGGCCCAGCCAUCAUGAAAGAAAGGAGCGCACGUAUGUCCUCAAAUAUUCUUCAGAAUAGCUUCAUGGAAGUUAGCAGUGUAGUAAAAGACCUCACUGCUAAAUAAAUGGUCAUACAGAUGUGUAAUAGUUAUUUUUUUACCUAGGGUUCAUGCCACCCCGUCUGUUUGGCCCUGCUCCGUGGAUGAACACCCCGCCGUACUUCUACUGUGCCUGUUGUUCACCCAUGGGAUCAGGGAUGGGACAACCCUCACCCGUCCUUAAUGGAGGCAACCCCUACUGUCAGGUACCACACAUGCACUCAGACACCCUAUGAGCAACUUCAUCUCAUUUAAAAACCAAACUGUGCAGGAAUCAGUAACGCUGUCGUUCAUAGUAACUCUGUAAAAUUAAAUGAAUACACUUCCUCUGAGGGGAAGUUUGCUCAUUAGCACAGCCAAGAAUAGAAAUGAAGGUUGGAGUAAAAUUCAUCAAUUUACUUUUCAAUUUGCCAGAAAAGAUGAGAAAAACUAAAUUUUGCUUCAGCACAUUUAAUGACAUUGCUAAUAAUAUCCAAGGUUGUUAAUAAUUCAGGCAAUACCAACUGUUUAAAACAUUAAAAGCUGUGUUCUGUUGUUUUUCUUCUGGCACUUUUUGCAGCCGUACUCGUACUCAAACUACGGCGGGGUCAUGGUCCCACAGGUGCCAAUGAACUACCCACAGAACGGCUAUGCUUACCAGGUACAAACACACACACACACACACACAUACACACACAGACCAAUUAGUCAGCAACAUCCUGAGCAGGGUUUCCUAGACACUGCACUGCUUCUGCAAAUGAGAUGCAGGGUUCAGCCUGGCUUAAAUCCACCUGUCCUAGCCCCUCCAGCCUUCAUCCCCACCCCUUCAGAUCUUCUGUAGAAACAGGUCUGAGUUUGUGUGUUGCCCUUUCUUUGACUGCUGACCCCUCUCCCUUCUGAUGCAGUACAAUCCUCCUCAGUGGAAGACGUACCAGAGGACACGCCUGGUCAGGCAGGUGACCACCUGUAGCAGGAGUAGGCAUAUAGUGGGCAGUGUGGUUCAGUUUCAGAGCAUUGCAAAUGGGUUCUGCUGUUUGUAAACCCGGCUUAAAACUCUGGGGGAAACUCCCCCACAACGACUCAAUCUAUUUAAAUUGUUGAAAAAAUUAAUAUGAUUUUCAAGCGUUUCUGUCCUCACAUUGUCCAAGCUGCAGUACUCAUACACACCACUAGAUGGUGCCUCUGGCCACUUCUGACAAGAACUGUAUGCAAUGAACAGACAGAUCUUCUUACCCACACUCUAAGUCUUGAUUCUGAUUCUUUGGAAAUUUGUGGCACUUGCUUUAUUUUGUUGAAGCUGUUCAAAUUUUUAAGCAUAUUUAUUAAGACUAUUUUAAACAAGCUUUUUCUAUUUCUGCACUUUGUUUCCAGAACUUUGUGGACUGUGGAGUCCAGACAAUGCUGACUGUGCUGUAGUCUAAAGCCACGGAUCCCCUCACCAGGUAACAUGAUAAUCCAAAAAAAGGGCUGUGGUAAUAGCGGGUAACAAAUGUGCCAUAGGUAGCUAAGAUUCAGUUGGGUAGUGAACAAUUCUCUUUCUGGUGAAUCAUUUUGUCCUUAGAAGCACCUGUAGACAGCUGGCCUUCAAUUGUGCAUGUCUGUCUUUCCUGUUUGGUUGUAUUACAGCCAUGUUUUCCCUCCUGAAGCUCUGAUGUUUUGCAGUCAUGCCCAGCAUUAGUCUAUUAAUUUUCUGUCCACUCUGUCCUGUCUUUUCGUUCCUUACUUUGGUAAAUUAAAAAUGACUUCUCCUGAUUGGGUUUGUAAUUGAAGGAGGGAACCAUAAUUUGUCUGUGAUGUGGUUUUCUGUCCUCUGCUCUCCGACAUACAGGCUGCAGUGAGUCAGGAUGCGGACAGGAUUAAAUCUCGGUGUGAUGGACGACCAGAGCAGCACAACUUCCCUCUUUCAAUCCCUCUUUUCUCUUUUUCCCCCUAAUCUUGAUGCAAAGUUUUGAUCACGACUGGCAGGGACUGCUGUCAUGUGGUCAGACUGCUUUUAACCCACAAUGCUCACAAUGGCAGACACACAGGAAGAGCAGGGCACCCUCACUGACCAGCUGAUAUUGGGCGCACAUCUGCCACUCUUUUUUGUCCCAGAAAGAAAAAAAAAAUGGCAAAGACUUUUAAACUCACUUUUUGUGCCUAUUUAUAUUUUAUGUUUAAUUUAUUUUGGAAGUUGUUUUAAAUGUUUGUUUUGUUUGGGCUUUUUUUUUUGGCAUCUUCAAGGGCUCUCUGUUUAUAAAAAGUACAUUUAUAUCUUUACUCUAACAAUGUCUAAACAUCAGUUUAUUUGGUAUUGGAGACAAAUUCCUCUUAAACUCCAUUACAGGUUUAAUGUUCCUCUGAUUAGGAAACUUCAUUAGCAUGUCCACUCCAGCAGCAGAGCACUUGGUCAUUCCAUUAAUUUGAAGCACUCAUUUAGUUUGUGCUGUUGUUUUGUUUAAUUGGGUGUCGAUGGAGGCAGCAAAUGGAUAAGCCUCCUCAGUAACACUGUUUUCUCAUCUUUGUUAAACAUAAGGCUUUUCCACUGGAGUUUUUAUGAGCGUGGUUUUUGCACACUGAUCAUCUGUGUGCUGUGUGACCAAACUGACUGGCUGGGGUUCACACUUGUAGGACAAUCACGACAUUAAUUUCUUUCCCCAUUAAUCAGUUUUUGAUUGCAAAUGAUGGAAAGAGAAGUGCUGUCUUUGGUCCAAAUAUUUACUGUAUAUGGUUCACUUUAAGGUAGUUGUUUCCUUUAGGUGUUUUAUAUAGUCACUGGUAAGCUUACAUUUCACUUUUAUUUAAUUUUACUGACUUUUUAUGACUGAAAAUAAUUAUUUUAUUCCUUUCAUUAACUGCACUUUUUUUUUUUUUGUACACGUGUAGAACUUGAAGUCACGUCAAGCUGUUUCAGACACGUUUGGUGUACAUCUCUUUCCUUUGACCUACUUCUGUGUGGUUCUGCUGGGGCAUUAAUCCCAGGGUCUCCAAUGUGCAGAAAUUCGAUUGUAUUGAUAAAAUUACUUUGCUCAGAGAGCCUGGGCGCUGCACUGUUUGGUCUGUUGCUACUGUUCAUG